AUGAAGUUAUUGGAGGAUGUAGUGGAGUGGAACCCAUCUCAACUUCUUGGUGAAGAGACUGAAGUAUUGUCAUGUCUAAGGGUGGAGCCCCAACUCUUUCAACAAGUCCGAGUGGCUCAGAAAAAAGAUCCCCAACUUAUGAAAAUCCUUGAAGAAUUGAAGGUGGAGGGAAAAGAGGAUUUCUCCAUAGGUAGUGAUGGACUGUUAAGGUUUAAGGCCCGAAUAUGGGUUCCUAAUGACGAAAGUGCGAAAAUGGCUAUUCUAGAAGAAGCACACCACUCUCGCUACAUGAUACACCCUGGGGAUACAAAGAUGUAUCUGGAUCUGAAAAGAGCCUUCUGGUGGAACAACAUGAAGCGAGACGUGGCGUAG